GAGAAGAAUCAGAAUGUUAAGUUAAACUAGUUAAACUUAGAGUGCUGUUUAGUUGUUACUGUUUCUUUCGUCUGACCUGAUGAUACAGUUUCUAACUGGCUGAAUUACCAUUGAAUAAAAUAAUUACUCGCUUCAAAUUACCAGGCUUAUUAUAAAAAAUUAUCAUAUAUUAAUUCAAAAUGCCAGAAAACGGAGAGACGUUGCCAGUAAAAAACUUAAAGUCAUUAUUACAACAAAGUUUGGGAGAUGACAUCGAAAUAAAAGAAACUACAUGGAAGCACUUGACAGACCCAGGUGAAAAUUUUGGCAGUUUAAUUUUAGCAAUUGACGUAACAGUCCACCAGAAGAAAAAAAAAGAAAUUCUUCAUGUUGUAACAAAAUUACCACCGCCUUCAAAUUAUCUUAUGAAGCUAUUCGACAGUCCUUUUUCCUUCAACAAAGAGAUUUCAUUCUACCGAGACUUAACGCCAGCGUUUCUGGAACUGGAGCGUGAGCUCGGCAUAAUAAAUCCCGAAGAAACUUGGAUAGGUGCUCGGUACCUGGGAAGUAGACUCGGAUUAUCAGAUAAAUUUGACGAUCAAGCGUGCAUUGUUUUGGAAAAUUUAAAUUACUCUGGAUAUAAAAUGAUCGACCGUCUUUCCGGACUCAAUAAAAACGAGACCGAGUUUGCAGUGAGAAAACUUGCGCAAUUGCAUGCAAUGACAAUUGCUAUGAAGAAGGUCAAGCCGGGAGUAUUUAAAGACCUGAUAAUGCCAGCGCUUAGCAGCGUUGUCAACGAAACAGCCCAUCAGUGUGUGGGCGACAUGGUAAAAAAAACCUUAGAGCACCUGGAGAGUAUCCCCGAGACUCACUCGUAUGUAGAUGUUGUCGCCAAGUCGAUGGAGUUGGCUGGAAAAUACGAAAGCCGCCAGGUAAAGGAUGACAAUUGGUGCACGUUGACGCACAACGACUUCUGGGUCAACAAUAUGAUGUUCAAGUUUGAUGAAAACAACAACCAGGUAGUUGACAUGAAGAUGGUAGACUUCCAACUUUAUGGGUAUGACUACGGCGUAAAAGAUCUGAUUUUUCUGCUAAUAUCCAGUCCUAGGAAUGAAAUCAUUGAAGAUAUCUUUGAUGAUAUGAUAAAAGUUUAUUACGAGGCAUUUAUUGACGUUCUUAUCAAGUUGAAUGUUGAUUUUAGCGAGUUUAAUCGCGAUAAGCUGAUUAAUAUUGUUGAAGAGUGUGCACCCUGCAAACUAGCACAGUGUCUUAUGAUGACGCAAGUUAUUAAAUCCCAGCCGGGUAAAGUACCGAAGAUGGAGUGCAUUGAUGACAAAGAUAGCUUUUUGCAAAUUGGAGGCGGUAAAGAUCAUUACGAUAAAUUAUUAUUGAUAUUAAAUCUAUUCAGACGAAGAAACUGGCUACUAGCUGAUAAAAACUGAUUUAAAGUUAUUCAUUUUAUUUUAUCUA